AUGACAAAUUAUUCAAGAAGUAGAAUGCCUAAUGUAGAUAAACCUGUAGAUGUCAAAGUUGAAAUGACAAUACAAGAUGUCAUGAGUUUAUCAGUUUUGAGUAAUAGUUUUUCGGCAGAUAUUUAUUUCAGUGCUAUUUGGUAUGACCAUAGAUUGGCUUUUGAUAAAUUUGAUAAAUGUAGAAGUAACUUAUCAUUUGAUGAUACUUUUGAAAAGAGGUUAUGGUUACCAAAUGUAUGCCUAGUUAAUACAAAGUCUGUUUCUAUUCAUUCAAGUCCAAAGGCAAAUGUUCUUCUGAUGUUAAUGUCAAAUGGAACUGUUUGGUUAAAUUAUAGAGUACGUGUAGAAGGACCAUGUGAUAUGGAUUUAUCAGAUUUUCCUAUGGAUCAUCAAAAAUGUUAUUUUGUUUUUGAAAGUUACUCUUACAAUACAGCAACAGUUAAAGUUGAUUGGUUAAAUAAUCCAAUAACACUUCCAGAUAGUUCUUCAAUAUCAGCUAAUGAUUUUGAAAUAACAAAUUACACAACUAUCCGUCAUGUUGAGUAUUACAAAGCCGGUGAAUGGUAUAGAUUAACAGCUGAAGUAACUUUUAAAAGAAAAUAUGGUUUUUAUAUUCUUCAGAUGUAUCUUCCAACAUAUAUUAGUGUAUUUAUUUCAUGGAUUGCAUUUUUAAUUGACUUAAAAGCAUUACCCGCUCGAAUAGUUCUUGGUGUAAAUUCGUUAAUGGCUUUAACAUUUCAAUUUGGCAAUAUAAUAUCAUCUCUACCUCCUGUAUCAUAUAUCAAAGCAAUUGAUAUUUGGAUGUUUACAUGUGUUGCAUUUAUAUUUGCAUCUCUUCUAGAAUUAGCAUAUGUUGCUUAUCAGGAUAAAAAAGCACUUUUAAAAUUUUAUCGAACCAAAAAACCUAUUUCAUCUUUAAUAGAAAUGGCAUGUUUAAUGGAGGAUUCACCAACAAACAGUUUACUUGAAAGGCAGGAAAUAAAUGACAAAAAUCUUGAGGAGGAACUCUCAUUUUUUGCAGAUACUAAUUCAUAUCCUGAUAAAAAAGGACAAUCAAGAAGAAGAAUUAGUUCUAUUUUUAGUAGAAAUAAUUAUUCAAUGAAAUCCCGAAGACAGAGUAUGUCAGCACGUUCAGAGCAAAGUCCUUUUUACAAAAAAGGAACAUUUCUUGAUAAAAUGUCAUUCAUCAUAUUUCCAUUAGUUUUUUUAAUAUUUAACAUUUGUUAUUGGACAUAUUAUUUAACAAAAUAA